AUGGCAAUUGCCCUAUUUAUAGGUUACAAGGCUCUUUUAAACAAUGAAACUCCCGUAGCUUGUAUAGUCACCAAGGGAACUCAGAUAAUUAGCAUUGGUUAUAAUUAUACGAAUAAUUCAUUGAAUGGUACUAAGCAUGCCGAGUUUAUUGCAUUUAGUAGAUUGGACAAGGACAAGGACAAGGACAAGAAAAAUAUUGAUAAUUGUCUCGAUGACGAUGUAGACUAUGGAAAAUUGACUUUAUAUGUAACGGUGGAGCCAUGUAUUAUGUGCGCAUCGUAUCUACGCCAAUUGGGUAUUGGAAGAGUAAUAUAUGGGUGCAGCAAUGAUAGAUUUGGAGGUACAGGCACCAUCUUGUCUGUUCAUAAAGACUCUCGGCUACCGAAUAGCCCAUUCCAGAGUAUUGGAGGCGUUUGUAGGACCGAAGCAAUUCAGCUACUAAGAAACUUUUACAUCCAGGAAAAUGUCUCUGCUCCCGUGCCUAAAGUAAAGAAAAACAUCAAUAUCGACGAAAAGGAGUUCCCACCGGUCGACACAAACUUGUUACAAGAACUGUUUCGCGCCCUUUAUGGAGAACAACUGGCCCCUGUCAAAAAAAACCAGGAAUUGACCCCUAUCUAUAACCAGGGCUAUUGUAUGUCAUCUUUGCUCACCAUGAAAGACCUUGAAACAGUUCCCUUUUUGCAAGAGGAAUUGGGUAACAUCACUGAAGCCCAAUUGCAAGAGUUUUACACUUUGUUUUAUGAUAUCGAUCGCAAUGGCCUCGUCGUAUAUGAAAAAUCAAUACAAAAGUACCAACUCAAGAGAAGAAAACUUGAUGAAAUGGGCAUCGCCAGGGUGAAAAAUUAG